AUGGACAUAUUCCGCCUGCUUAAGUGCUGCCAUAGGCACAGAAACAGAAGAAACACACCAACACAAUACGAACCUGGGUCUCCUCCUGAAAAACGGACAGACCAGCAGCAGCAGCAGCAGCAGCAGCAGCAGGAGCAACAGCAGCCAGCUCAGACACAGCAGCAAAAGAAGCAGCAGCAGCAGCAGCAACAACAGCAGCAGCAGCAACAGGAGCAGGCACUGCAGCACCCCCUGACUUCUUCGUCUGUAGGGGUACCGAGUGCAGCAGAAACAGCAGCAGCUUGCCCAACUGCUGCAGCGUCUGCAGCAGCAGCAGCAAGAACAGCAGCAGCAGCAGCAGACUCCUUAUCAGCAGCAGCUUUUCCAGCAGCACCACCAGGAUAUGAAAGUGCAGCAGCAGCAGCAGAAGCAGCAGAAGCAGCAGCAGCAGAAGCAGCAAAACUGAAGGAAACAGCAGAUGCAAGAGUUAGUGCAGCAGAUGCAGCAGCAGCAAGAGCAGCAGCAGCAAGAGCAGCAGCAGCAGAAUCAGGCGAAGCAACUGCAGCAGCAAGAAGGGGAACGUCAGCAAUCCCAGUAAUAGCAGCAGCAGUAGCAGCAGCAACAGCAGCAACAGCAGAAAGGGCACAAGCAGCAAAGGAGAGGGCAGCAGCAGAAGCCAGAGAACAGGAAGCAAGUGCAGCAGCAGCAACACUAGCGGAGGCAGCAGCAGCAGACGAAGAAGAAGAAGCAACAGCAGCAGCAGAACCAGCAGCAGCAGCAGAACCAACGGCAGCAGCAGAACCAGCAGCAGCAGCAGAACCAGCAGCACCAGAACCAGAAGAGGCAAUCGCAGCUGCAGAACUGGCGGCAGCAGAAGCAGCAGCAGCAGAAGCAGGAGCAGCAGAACUAGCAGCAGCAGAGGCAGCAGCAGCAGAACUAGCAGCAGCAGAAGCAGCAGCAGCAGAACUAGCAGCAGCAGAAGCAGCAGCAGCAGAAACAGCAGCACCAACAGAAACAGAAGCAUCAGAGCCACCAACAACAGCAGCAGAAGUAGCAGACACAGCAGAAGCAACAGAAGCAGCAGCAGCAGCACCAGCAGCAGCAGAAGGUGCAGCAGCUGAAGGAGGUGCUGAUUCACCAACAGGUGCAGAAGCAGCAGCAGCAGCAGCAAGAGCAGCAGAAGCAGCAAAGGCAGCAGAGACUUUGGAAGGUGACGUAGCAGCAACAGCAGCAGCAGCAGCAGCAGCGGAAGCAGCAGCAGAAGCAGCAGCAGAAGCAGAAUUGGCAGCUAAGGCUGCAACAGCAACAGAAACAGCAGCAGACGCUGCAACGACAGAAGCAGCAGCUGCAGAAGAAGCAGCAGAAGCAGCAGAGGCAGCAGAAACCGCAGCAGAAGCAACAGCAGCAGCAGCAGCAGCAGCAAAAGAACCUAGCCCUGCAACAACAGAAGAAAGGGAAGCAGCAGCAGCAGCAACUGCAGCAGCAGACGCAGCAGCACAGGGCGAGGCGGAAGUAGCGGCAGCUGCUGCCGAGGAAGCAGCAGCAGCAGCAGCAGAAGCAGCGAAAGCAGCAGCAACUAGAGCUGAAGUUGAAGAAGAAGUAGCAGCAGCAGCAGCAGAAACAGCAGCAGCAGCAACAGCAGCAGCAGAAACAGCAGCAGCAGAAACAGCAGAAGCAACAACGAUGGCUGGAGCAGCAGAGCCUGCUGAAGCACCUUCAGCAGCAGCACCGGAAGCAACAGACGCAGCAGCAGCAGCAGCAGCAGCAGCAGCAGCAGAAGCUCCUGCUUCUGAAGCAGCUCCUGCUGCUGCAUCAUCUGAAGAAUCUGCUGCUGCUGCUGCUGCUGCGCCAGCUGCAGCAGCAGCAGCAGCAGCAAUAGAAAUAGUACCUCGUAGUGAGGAUAGAUCUAAUGGGGAGUUGGGAGCGACGCUCUUCGAUCCCAAGAGGGGCCUCUGUACCUUCCGAUUCUGGGGGCCCCAUGUAGAGAAGGCAUGGGUGGAGAUAAAAGGAGUUCGUUAUAUAAUGAGUAAAGAAGAAGAAGAUGACCAAUGGUCUGUUUUAUUUGAGGCGAUCGCGGACAAAGUUGAAUACAUCGCUUCCCUGGGUUUUACAGCAAUAGAAUUAAUGCCUAUACAAGAGUAA